UUGGGGACCCUGACUUUCACGGCCGGGUGACCCGGUCGUCCUCUGCAGGCCCACCGCGGCCCCUACCGACGUUAGUGGCAGCACUCCCGGCGGGACAGGCCCUGUGUCUCGGCCGCCGCUGCCUGGGCGCGCGGCCGGCUCCGAGGCGCUAGUUCUCUCCCUUCGCCCCACCCUCUCUCUCCCCCUUCACGGAAACGACAGCUGCGGCGGCGGGACUGGCGCCGCCUCCCUCCACCUACCACGUCUGCCCCCGCCACUCGCCCGGCGCCCCAGCCCGGCCGCGGCGCCUCAGCCUCCCCACUAGGUCAGCCGCCGGCUGCCUCCCAGGAUGAACAUCAUGGACUUCAACGUGAAGAAGCUGGCGGCCGACGCGGGCACCUUCCUCAGUCGUGCAGUGCAGUUCACAGAAGAAAAGCUUGGCCAGGCAGAGAAGACAGAAUUGGAUGCUCACUUAGAGAACCUCCUUAGCAAAGCUGAAUGUACCAAAAUAUGGACAGAAAAAAUAAUGAAACAAACUGAAGUGUUAUUGCAGCCAAAUCCAAAUGCCAGGAUAGAAGAAUUUGUUUAUGAGAAACUGGAUAGAAAAGCUCCAAGUCGUAUAAACAACCCAGAACUUUUGGGACAAUAUAUGAUUGAUGCAGGGACUGAGUUUGGCCCUGGAACAGCUUAUGGUAAUGCCCUUAUUAAAUGUGGAGAAACACAAAAACGAAUUGGAACAGCAGACAGAGAGCUGAUUCAAACAUCAGCCUUAAAUUUUCUCACUCCUUUAAGAAACUUUAUAGAAGGAGAUUACAAAACAAUUGCUAAAGAAAGGAAACUAUUACAAAAUAAGAGACUGGAUUUGGAUGCUGCAAAAACCAGACUAAAAAAGGCAAAAGCUGCAGAAACUAGAGCAUCAUCUGAACAGGAAUUAAGAAUAACUCAAAGUGAAUUUGAUCGUCAAGCAGAGAUUACCAGACUUCUGCUAGAGGGAAUCAGCAGUACACAUGCCCAUCACCUCCGCUGUCUGAAUGACUUUGUAGAAGCCCAGAUGACUUACUACGCACAAUGUUACCAGUACAUGUUAGACCUCCAAAAGCAACUGGGAAGUUUUCCAUCCAUUUAUCAUUGUAACAACAACCAGACUUCUGUGGCACCUGUACCAUCUGCUUCAUCAAACGUGAUUGGUUCUUCUGCCUUGACUUCAACAAGUGGCCUAGUAAUCACCUCUCCUUCCAACCUCACUGACCUUAAGGAGUGCAGUGGCAGCAGGAAGGCCAGGGUUCUGUAUGAUUAUGAUGCUGCAAACAGUACUGAAUUAUCACUUCUGGCAGAUGAGGUAAUCACUGUUUUCAGUGUCGUUGGAAUGGAUUCAGACUGGCUAAUGGGGGAAAGGGGAAACCAGAAGGGCAGGGUGCCAAUUACCUACUUAGAACUGCUCAAUUAAAUAGAUGGACUAUGAAAAGAUACACCGUAUUUAUAUACAAUUAACUCUUAAUAAAGCAGGCUUAAGUAUCUUUCAUGUUAAUGUCUUAAGAGACUGAAAAGAAAAUACUAGCCAUCAGAAACUGGCCUUUCUGCCAAUAAAAUUGCAUGGUAAAUAUUUCAUUACAGAAUUUAUGUUAAAGCUUUCAUGCCAAGAAUGUUUUCUUACAAAAUUCUCUUUCUACUGAGGUUUCACUAAUAAGUAGCUUCUACUUUUGAGCCCCAACUUAAAGCAUAACUGUUUUCUACUGAAUUUUUCAUUAAUGGCAAGCUUUUUCUUUUACAUAAAAUAAAUUUAUUGUGAAUUGA